AUGUCGGGGACAAAGAGGGAGAGGGCACUGGCAACAAAGGGGGCCAGCGCGGCGACCAGGGAGAAGAGCGUGGCCCUGGAUCUUUUCCCAGAGGACACCCAGAUAAUCGGAUGGCACGCGCAGAAAACCGGGAAGAAGCGAAAAGCGUCGCCCUCUGCGCCCGGAUCGGCGCGGAGCAAGCGUGCGCGUACGAGUGACCUUCCCUGCGAAGACGUUGUCAACGUGCGGUGUCCGAUGCGUUGGACGAGGUGA